AUGAAGAUGAAGAUGAGGGCAUACACAACAGACAGUGCUAAUACAGCUUCUAUCGGACUGUUAUUGAAUCGCUUGUAUCAAAAGAUUGAACGAACAACACCCCAAGAUCCGCAUCCAGGGUUGAUUAUUGCUACACAUCACUUCAAAAAGCCUUACCCUCUUGUUCACGAGAUUGACCUACUCAGUCUUGCUACCCUUGGUCUCUUAAUCCAGUUUGCUUACCCAUCUUUAUCUGGUUACGCUAAGUUUACUAUUUCCUUGACUAUGAUGCGAUCUUACGGAGAGGAGAUCUCAUUUACUACAGGUCCCGCUAUCCCCUUGACUUAUCAAGAUUGUGAGUUCAUUCCAAAGAAUGAGGUCUAUGCUCAAAUAUCUCGAAGUCUUAUGAAAUAUGCAGAAAUCUACGACGAGGAUAAUCUAGUUCGACUCAUGAUCCGAGUCUAUAUGGACGGCAAAAAGAUGUAUAGGCCUUCCCUAUCUUCUGAGGAGAGAGAUAGCACACUUUAUUCAAUCAUGAAAGCCGGAUUGAGUGAGAUCGAGCCAAUAACUGCAAGAGCAAUCCGAAAUCGUAAGCGUAGCUAUCCAAGGCAUAUCCAAGCACUCAAACCAUCUCGCACAGAGCUGAAACCAUUCCUAGUUGCCGAUACCGAGACUAUACUGAUCGAUAACGAACAUAAGCCUUAUGCAGUAGGUCUCUUGUUGGUUCGUCCUGGUAAAGAGAUCAAGAAUCAAUUGAUCGAUACUUACUUCAGCGAAGACCACUCUCUAAUCUUGGAUUCCUUUGAAGAAAGGAGUACUAAGGUUCUUUUUGACUUUCUCAAAAGGAUAUUAGCGAUUUUUAGAAAAGAAAAAUCAGCUUUCACUACUAUUUACUUUCACAAUUUCUCUAGAUUCGAUGGUAUUUUCUUGCUUAAGCACCUAGCAUGUCAUCAUAAGAGCUACAAGCUCAAACCACUGGUUAGGAACCAUAGGCUUUACGAGAUAGCUGUCUAUUCUGGUAAGAAUAAGUUCUUCUGCUUCAGAGACUCCUUGAAUCUUCUACCAGGCAAACUUAGCGACCUAGCUAAGAAUCUAUGCCCGGAUCUAGGCCAGAAAGGCUCAAUCCCAUAUGAUGAGGUGAAACUGUCAAAUCUGGUCAGUAUGAAAAAAAGCUUGUUAGACUAUAUGAAGCAGGACAUACUUCUCCUUGGAGGUAUAAUGCAAAAAGCUCAAGAGAUUUCUUGGAAGCUGUAUAACGUGGACAUAGAAAGCAAGAUUACACUUGCCUCAUUGGCUCUAAGCAUCUAUCGUCUGAAAUACUACGACUCAAAGAAUUGGCCUAUCCACAUCCCUAAUAAGAAUGAAGACUCCUUUAUAAGGCGGGGAUACUAUGGUGGUCAUACAGAUACAUACAAGCCAUAUGGCGAGGACCUAUACUACUACGAUGUGAACUCUCUCUAUCCCUUUGUAAUGAAGGAAUUCCCAAUGCCUGGUGGUGAUCCAGUCUGGCAUGGAAAUCUGGUUGGUAAGGACUUAGAUGAUAGCUUGUUUGGCUUUCUUGAGGCAUAUGUGGUAUCUCUAAAGAGGCCAUUUCUACCCAGACAAGAAUAA